AUGAACAUCCCACGGUCAUUGUCAGCGCUGUGCGCCUUUCUUCCCGAAAACACGUUGCAGAAACCCGGGAGCGGGGGUCUCGGGGUCCCUCAGGCAGAGGAGCAGGAGUGUGGUGACUGUGACGGUGCGACCCCAACCACCUCGCAGGAGGAGGCCCCGAGCCCCCACCAGCGGAAGAGCCCCAAGGCGGACCUUGGCGCCUUGAGGGAGGAGGCUGCAGAGCCCGCCCUCACCCGGAGCUGCGCGAGGGUCUCGGCAUUCAAAACCUUGACCCGGCGCAGGGCCUGCCGCCCUCCGAAUCAGACGGUGGCGGAGUUGGUGCCCUUCCCGUCCAUCGGUCGCUCUGAGAUGGCGAAAAACGUUAUGGGAGACUUAAAGAAUCUUUUCCCUGAGAUCAUCGCUAGGGCCGCAGAACAUCUGUGGUAUGUCUCUAGUUUUGAGCUGAAACAGCUUGGCACGAACACCACACACACCCUGACCAACAAACUGAAACCUCUGGAGGAGAAGGAUCUGGGAGCGGAUGGCCCCCGACUGAGUCUCUUAAUGAUGAUCGUGGGUCUCAUCUGCAUACAAGAUAAAAGGGCCAAGGAGGCACAGGUUUAGGAGGUGCUGAGUCGGUUGGGGGUGUGUCCCUCAGAGUAUCACGGCCUCUUUGAGCUCCCGAGAAGGCUUAUUAGGGAAGAUUUCGUGCAGCAGUGACACCUCGGUUACAUGGUGCCUCACACCUAUCCACCAGAGUGUGAAUUCCCUUGGGGUCCCCCAAGCAACCUGGAAACCAGCAAGAUGAACCUAGAGUUCAUGGCCAAGUUCUUAAAAAAGGAAUCCCAGCACUGGCCAGUGCAGCACUGUGAGGCCCUGGCAGAUACAGCCAGUACGAGGGCCAGGGUUAGGGCCAGGGCUAAUGCUAGGGCUGGCAUCGGGCCCUGGUGA